AUGCCAAACACGCCUCGUCCCGUGGAAUCGGACGGGUCAAGAGUGGGCAUACAUCGAAUUGGCACAACCGAGCUGCUUGAGCAGAUUCUCCUCCAUCUUGACAUGCAAACCCUCCUCGUCUCAGCAACACGAGUCUGUAGGGCAUGGAACAGCCUGAUUACAGCGUCUCCACCCCUGCAGCGGGCGCUUUUUCUGCUGCCCGAAGACAACCAUGACCCAUCAGACACAAAUACCAUCGUCAAUCCACUGCUGGCGAAACACUUCCCGCCUUUCUUUACCCCCGUUUACGAUAUCGGCUGCCCGUUCCCUAUCCAGGGCCUAGCACCCGACGAAGGUUGCUACGACUAUCUCUUCGAGGACGUAAGCUACAACGGCAUGAAGAAUUUCAAGUCCAUGCCUGUGUACCAGCUGAGCAUGGCCAACGACGACUUCAUCGACCACGACGGACAAGAUCCCAACGCCAAUACAAAGGCCCGGGAGAACAACCCUUAUCUCCGAGAAUGCGCGUCGUGGCGGAACAUGUUGACGUCCCAGCCGCCAGCCAGGAAGCUGGGCUACUGUAUGCUCUCGACCGGCGGGAACAGCACCAUCGCCAGCACCAAGAUUCUCUCCGUCAAAUGCCGGAAGGAUGGUGAUGACCAGGGCGGCAGCAUAGAAGUGAACUCGGCUGCGAACCAAAACCCUCCCAUACGCAUGGCAAACCUAAUGAGCGACGACGCACCGUACGAGGAAGAAAUCAACAAACUAGUCGCCGAACAUGGAGCGGUUCCUCCCCCGUAUGUCACGUUCCCAGACAUACACCCAUUUGAGAUCUUCUGGCGUAUGGGCUCCGGCGAAUCCUAUUUAAUGAUAUAUUCUGCCUGGAGCGCUAAAGAGGGAAUGAGCGAAGCCCAAUGGAUUGAAUAUUUCCGCAAGUUCCCACCUCCACUGAUUUGGCUCACGUGGGUGAUUGAUUGUAUUUGGAAUGUCGCGGAGAAGGUCGAGGAGAAUAUCGGAGAGAAUAGCGACGACGACGAGUUCACUUUGGAUCCGUUGGAAUUUGACUACUGGUGCUAUUUCAGACGCACAGCGGCACUUGGCUUCGGAACGGAGUCGGAUUGCGUUUGGUCCGGAACAGCACCCAUCGGGCCGCUUCUGUUCGCGUCCACUGGGCUAGGAGUCCCCGCGAGUGACAGUUUAUCGGGCCUCUGGUACAUCUACGCGGUCGUGACACUCAUAACCGGGGUUGUACUGGUGGCAGGAGUACGAGUAGUAGAGGCUCCCCCCAGUUGCAGCGGUGCGGAUACCCGUGAGAUCUGCUACUAA